AUGAGAUCGUUUCGACCCACGGCUGAGAGUGUCCCUCCUGCUAAUGUGAACUACAGACUCCGGCUACCCGGUGGUCUUCCUGUAGACAAGCAACCACUCAAUCCGUUGGCAUUUCUACUGAAAGCGGCGCAAGUCUACCCAAACAAGCUGGCUCUCGCGCAUCCUGAUGUCGAUCAUCCUGUGUUCUAUUCUUACGCAGUUUGGACCCAACGCGUUCAGAAUCUCGCCUACGCCUUAAUCCAGUUCGGGAUCUGCCCCGGAGAUCGUGUGGCUGUAAUCGCUCCUAAUUCACCGUUGAUAGCCGACGCUCACCAUGGUGUCCUCGCUGCCCGCGCUGUCAUUUGUCCGAUCAAUACGCGUCUGACAACGCCGGAAGUGGCCUAUAUUCUGGAACAUAGCGGAUCAAAGCUCAUUCUGGUCGACCACGAACUGGCGCAUCUCGUGCAGGAUGCCCGAAUUCCAGUCAUUGUUGCGAACGAUUCAGGGAGAGCCGACGACCCAUACGAACAAUUCUUGAGCAAUGGGAGACGGUACAGCGGUGACAGGGGUUGGCCCGGCCUCGAGUGGGAGGCGGAUGAAAAUGCACCUGCUGCAUUGUGCUACACGUCCGGGACGACAGGUCGGCCGAAGGGUUUACCAGGAGCAUAUCUCACCGGAAUCGCCAACGCUCAUGAAACUCAGUACGUCCUGAUCCUUCCUAUGUUUCAUGCAUGUGGUUGGACGUUCCCCUGGGCUAUCACGUUUGCAUGCGCGACACAGAUCACGCUCAGGAAAGUGUCAUACCCCCACAUUUGGCAUCAUCUUUUAUAUUCUGGAACGACACACUACUGUGGUGCGCCUACCGUACAGAUCGGCUUGGUCAAUGCACCGGAUGCUAGACUGCUGAGUAGGCCUGUUGUUGCUAUUGUUGCUGGCUCGGCGCCUACCGCCCAUCUUCUCGGCGAGCUAGAGAAAAAGAAUAUUCAUCCAGUCCACGUCUACGGUUUGACGUACACCUAUGGCCCCUUCACAAGGUGCUACGAACAGGUGGAAUGGGCUUCUCUACCUCUCGAUCAGCGUGCGAGAUAUAUGGCACGCCAAGGUCUCAGUUAUGCGAUUUCAGAUGAUGUGCGCGUUGUCUAUCCGCCUAAAGAAGAUGAACAAGAUGACGUCAACAUGGAAUUAGUCGACGUACCAAAGGAUGGGAAGACUGUAGGAGAGGUGGUUCUGCGUGGCACGAUGGUCAUGAAGGAGUAUUUCAGAGAUCCCGAUGCAACAAGGAAGGCAUUCCGAGGGGGAUAUUUCAGCACAGGCGACUUGGCGGUUAUGCAUUCGGACGGAUAUAUCGCCAUUCAGGACAGAAGCAAGGAUAUCAUCAUAUCUGGAGGAGAGAACGCGUCCAGUCUUGCCAUCGAGCAAGAGCUAGCUAGUCAUCCCGAUGUGUUGGAGAUCGCCGUCGUCGCAAGACCUCAUCCGCGCUGGGGCGAGCGCCCUAUGGCAUUCGUGAUUUUGCACCCGCAACGUGCCUCGUUUUGGGAUGGUCGGCACGCUACGUUUGCAGAGUCGCUGAAAUUGCAUGCACGUGGUCGCCUUCCGGGAUUUGCAUGCCCCGAAUGGGUAGAGGUUGUGGCAGAACUCCCGAAAACGUCAACAGGAAAAAUACAGAAAGCUGUUUUGAGGAAGAUAGUGGCAAAGCUGUAAAACGUACCGAUUAGAAUGUCAUAAACGUUACAAUCC